AUGUCUACCUCGUCCGAUGAGUUCCGUGUCGCCUUUGUAGGCGCUGGCCAGAUCAACUUUGGAUCACCUGAGGGCCCAUGGAAUCAUUCGAUUCGUCUGGAGAAGCGCUUGGGUCAGCGACUCCGUGUCGUAGCUCUGGUUGACCCGUUUGAGUCGGCUGCGCAGGGUGUGCUGGACAUGAAGCGUGCUUCGGAUGCACAAUAUGCCUAUAAGGACACGGAGAUUUUCGCCUCCUUGGAAGAGUACCUCGCGCAAGUCACGCCCGAGAAGCGCCCGCACGCCUUCUGGGUAGGCUCGCCGCCCUCGACGCGCGGUAGUCUGCAGCCAGGCCGCAACACUGAGGCUAUGAUUGCGAACGCACUGCCAGGUGUGGCUAUGUUUGUCGAGAAGCCUAUUACCACCAGCUCGGUCGAGGAGGUGAUGGCUACCAGCAGCUAUAUCAGCGACAAGGCAUCGUCUGUCGCUGUGGGCUACAUGUUCCGCUACUUGAAGCCUGUGCAGAUGAUGAAGCAGAUCAUCGCUGAGAACAACUUGGAGGUGAUGGCCGUCAACUGCCGUUACAUCAUUGCCUACGAGAAGCUGGUCAAGCAGUGGUGGUGGAACAAGGACGUAAGUCUGGGCCCUGUGAUCGAGCAGGCGACGCACUUCUGCGACUUGGCGCGCUACUUUGGUGGUGAAGUAGAGUUGGACUCGGUGAUUGCGCAUACGCUGGAGUACUUUGAGAAGCCGGGCAAGCUCUCGAAGAUCGGCUUUGACGAGGGCGUCGACAUUCCUGCCGAAAAGCGUGUGCCGCGUGUGACGAGCGCGACAUGGAAGUUUGAGUCGGGUGCAGUGGGCUCGCUGAUGCACGCAAUUGCCAUGCAUGGCCGUGACUUUUUCACGGAGCUGCAUGUGUUAGCCGAUGGCUACUCGAUGCGCCUGUGCGACGCUUACAACGCCCCGGCGCUGUACGUCCGCCGCCCAGGUUCGGACAAGGAGGAAGAGUACAAAUUCACGGACGACGAUCCUUUCUACGCGGAGGUGGCAUGCGCUGUGGAUGCCAUGGAGGAUGCGUCCAAGUCGGAUGCGAUUCAGAGCACCUUUGGCGAUGCUGCGCGUACGUAUGCUUUCACGUGGGCGAUCCGUCAGGCGUCCGAGCAGAUGGUGACCAAGCGCGCUGAUCCGCCUGCGCCUGGUGCCGACUUCAAUGUGGUGAUUGUAGGCGCGGGCAACAUCAACUUUGGCUCGGAAGAGGGCCCAUGGAACCACUCGUUCCGUCUCGAGCACAAACUCGGUCCGCGUCUGAAAGUCACUGCGCUGAUCGACCCAGACAUGGCUCGUGCGGAGCGUGUUCUGAAGACCAAGCGCGAGUCGUUCGUGCGGAGCGCGUACGAGAAUACUGUUGUGUACCAUGACUUUGACGCGUUUGUCAAGGCGACGAAAAACGAGAAGAAGCCGCAUGCUAUCUGGGUGGGCUCGCCGCCCGAGUACCGCGGCACCACUGAACCUGGCCGUGAUCUCGAGAGAGAGCUGGUUGAGUACAUGAAGGGCACGCCGCUGUUCAUUGAGAAGCCCAUCUCGACGGGCUCGGCAGAGGAUGUGUUCAAGGUCUCGGAGAUGCUGAAGGCCAGCGGCUGCACGGUGUCCGUGGGCUACAUGCUUCGCUACCUCAAGGCGGUACAGCACAUGAAGCAAAUCAUUGCCUGCAACAACCUGAAAGUCAUGGCCAUCAACGCGCGCUACAUUAUGGCCUACGAACAUACGGCCAAGCCUGCCUGGUGGGACAAGUCGCGCAACCCUGGCCCGAUUGUCGAGCAGGCUACGCACUUUUGUGACUUGAUGCGCUACUUUGGUGGGGAGGCGGAGCUUGACACCGUCAUGGCGCACUCGGUGGAGCACUUUGAAGAGCCGGGCAAGCUGUCGAAGAUGCCGAUUGACGAGUCAAAGAUUGCGCCGGAGAACCGCAUUCCGCGUGUGACGUGUGCUACGUGGAAGUUCUCUACGGGUGCCGUGGGCUCGCUGACGCAUGCCGUGGCACUGCAGGGUACCGAGUACUCGACGGAGUUCGACGUGUACGCGGACGGCUACCAGCUGCGCUUGGUGGACCCGUACAACAAACCGAUGCUGUACAUCCGCCGUCCAGGUGACGACCACGAGGAGGUGGUGCGCUACAGGGACGACGACCCCUUCUUCUCCGAGGUCGCCAACAUGAUCGACACGAUCGAGAAUGGCAAUGACGCUGCGCCGAUUCUUAGCACGUACGAAGACGCUGCAAAGACGUACGCGCUGACAUGGGCCAUCCGCCACGCGAGCGAGAGCACCAUCCGUCACAAGUAA